GGAAUAUCAAGGUUGCCGUUCAUAUCGUAGCAGUAUAGAAAGCAAUGAAAACCACCGAGUACGGGAUUCUAAGGGCGUGUUUGAACGCUCGUCGACGGUAGAUGGUACCGCCCGCCGAAGGUCGAAUCCUUGUGCAAAUGGGAUAUUUUUACUCAUGCGCCACAGCCAAACCCAUGUCUACACCGCCAACUGUGAGCCUUUCACGCAGAGAACUCACUGCUGCGCACUAGACGGGUUCUAUCCUGUUUCUUUGCAACUAUCCCGUGGUUGAUCACGGUGCGAACAAAGCUAUGCUACAUGCCCUUGGUUGAUCUUCAACUUUUUAACACCAUUUUCUCGACUGAUUCUUUUACAUUUAAACAAAAUCCUAUAAAACAACGACAAACUGUUCGUCAGCGGCGUAAAAAACUGUUUGAGCGUAGCAAAAACCGUUUACAUCAGAGGACCCCGCAUUAUCCAAGGUGAAAUGUCGCCCACGGCGGCCCAUCUGACUGAAGAAAAAACUCUCACCAUUCUUCACUUUAACGACGUGUACAAUGUGGAGUCGGUGAACACGGAGCCUGUUGGCGGAGCAGCUCGUUUCUGCACGGCAUUUAAAUCAUUCUCUCAUUUGCAUCCCUUGGUGUUGUUCAGUGGUGAUGUAUUCGCUCCGUCAUUCAUGAGUACAUUCACCAAAGGAGAGCAGAUGGUACCAGUGCUCAAUGCCCUAAAUAUUCAAUGCGCGGUCUACGGAAACCACGAUUUCGAUUUCGGUAUUGACGUGUUGAAGCAAAGAGUUGAAGCCACUACGUUUCCUUGGCUAAUGUCCAACGUGAUAGACAACGAGACACGGAGGCCACUGGCAGAUGGAAAGUGCAGUUUAGUUAUUGAUUGGCACGGAACCCGCAUUGGACUGGUGGGGUUGGUGGAGAAAGAAUGGCUGGACACACUUUCAGCGGUUGAUCCGGAACACGUAACCUACACCGAUUACGUAGAAUGUGGCCGUUUAUUGGCGCGCAACCUAAAGGAUAUCCAAGGUUGCAGAACUGUGAUUGCCUUAACUCACAUGCGAACACCUAACGAUCUCAGAUUAGCUAAGGAAGUAGAGGAGAUCGAUUUAAUCCUUGGAGGCCAUGAUCAUGUUUCAGAAUUUAUAGAGGUGGAAAAUAGGUGCAUCAUCAAAAGUGGAACGGAUUUUCGUCAAUUUUCUGAAAUUACGAUGCGCUUUUCUGGCGAGAAAGAAAAACCCUCAAUCAGUGUUAGGUUAAUGGACGUUACCUCUCAAUACGACGAAGAUGUGGACCUUAAAAAGGUUUUAGAUGGUUUUACAGGCGUGAUUGGAGAAAAAAUGGAGGAAGUCUUGGGUGAAUUCACGGUUCCUCUAGAUGGCCUUUUUGCUUCUGUUCGCACUUCUGAAACCAAUUUAGGAAAUUUUAUCUGUGAUAUUAUGGUGGCUGCAACUGAUUCGGAUUUGGCUCUACUCAACUCUGGGACUCUGCGAUCCGACAAGAUACAUCCGCCUGGUCCGUUCAAAAUUCGUGAUUUGAGCCAGAUUCUUCCUAUGCUUGAUCCUCUAAUCGUCGUCGAAAUUUCCGGCGAGGAUUUACUCGCCGCAUUGGAGAACGGUGUUUGCAUGUACCCAAAGUUGGAGGGUCGUUUCUUACAGGUCGGCGGAAUGAGUUUCGCCUUCGAUCCAACAAAACCACCGCUCCAGCGUGUAGACCCGCGAUUCGUUCGUAUCGGUGAUCAGUAUUUGGAGCUCAAAACUAAAUAUCGUUUAGUUACAAAGGCGUACAUGAUUGCUGGCAAAGACGGAUUCGAUGUUAUGAAAAGGCAAAAAAUCCUGGUUGAUGAAGAAGACAGUUUGCCACUAAACUGUGCAGUGCAAAAUCAUUUCCAGGCUAUCCAGAAGCUUUGCGCUAAGAACAAACGUCCAACUCAUCAUAGGCAAAGUCUCGUUACGCUUUCUCGAAGACAUAGUUUGGCCCGUACGAUCGAGAGCGAAUUGCAUCCAGACGGAAUGAUCCCAACCGCUAUUCCAGAAACUGGAUCAAUCCGUCUCCGACGAUGCAGUACAAUCGAAGCUCCAAACGAAGCACUACUUUUUGAAGAUAGCUCAGCUGUAGUUGACGUUGAAGUACCGAUACACAACAGGCCAAGAGCACCAAAGCUGCGGAGACAAUCCAGUAUGGAAGAAGUGGAGAAAGCUUCUUGCAAAUUGGAACCACACAUCGAAGGCAGGAUUGUUGUCCUUAAUGAGGAAACAUUGGUGCAUCUGAUGAGCGAACGUGAAGCGUGGCAGAAAAGUGUGGCGCGUACCAUCAGGGAAUCCAGCGAAAAUUGAUUCUUUCGUGCUACGGCCUUGUUAUAAGGAUCAAAAUAAUGUUGGAGGCACUAGCAUUAAUUUACCGUUUCUUUUCUAAAAUCUGAUUGUUAAACGUUAUUCACUCCUGUUGUUUCUUCGAUAAAUUUGGCUGUUAAGUCUUUUUUCCCUCUAACGUCCAUGACAAAACUUCUGAAGCUUUUACUCCAUCCAUAUGCCCGUUUAAUCUCAGCAAUACAGAAAUUUUUGAUUAUUCAGAAA